AUGUUGUUUCUACUUGUCAGGUAUCACUACUUCGAAGAGAAGGAGGUUUACAAUGCGAUCCGCGUGUACAUUGCUGCAUAUGUCUGGAUGACAGGGUAUGGCAACUUCUUUCUGUACCGCAAGGGAAAGAGUUAUACCAUUCGACGCACGCUCCAGAUGCUUUUUCGGUUGAACUUUUUGGGCUUUGCAGUAUGCACUGUCUUGGGGAACGAGUACAUGCUGUACUACAUAUGCGCGAUGCACACUAUCUUCACGGUAUUCGUGCUGCUUGCCAUGUACAUUGGACAUAGCCUGAACACCUCUGGAACUGUCCUUUGGGUAAAGAUUGUGUUGACAUUUGCAUUGACUUUAUUCCUGUAUGACGGGCCGGACAUAAUAUUUAGAUUGGUUUUCGGCACACUGCCCGGAGUCAGACCACUUUUCGCGUUUCACGAUCCUCUACAUCCCGAAUUCACAGACGAGAUGCAUGAGUUCCACUUCAGAUCCGGCCUCGACCGCUUCAUAUGGAUUGUCGGCAUGGUCUUUGCAUUGCAUUACGAGCAUGCCGCUGCCUUUCUGCAGAAGUUGGAGAAGGAUUCAUGGCCAAAGCAAGCUGUGGUCCGAUCGGGGAUGAUCCUGGUUUCGGCCUGUGUUGGAAUUGCCUGGUGGCAUUUUGCCUUCCGCUUGCCAAAACUGGAGUACAACAAGAUCCACCCUUACACGUCAUUUGUGCCUCUGACCAUCUAUCUCAUGGUCCGAAACUUGACACCAACUCUGCGUGAGUAUCACUUGCACCUCUUCGCAUACAUGGGGAGAGUGACCCUGGAAACCUACAUCUUCCAGUUCCAUAUCUGGAUGCGAACCACAGGUCUCAACGGAUCGCCGAAGAAGCUUCUGGCAGUGUUCUCGCACCUGACGGGAGUCCUUCGAGAUGAGCUCAUCCCAGAAAGCCUUCAGGGCCGGGCUUUGCAAAGCUUGAAGUCUGGAGCCCCGGUCAACCUCGAGAUGCAUCCGCGAACGCUAAGCCUGCUGCACAGAGAUGAGUCUCUCGAAGCACAACUUGCCAUGGAGCAGUGGCAGGUGAUGGUGGUAGAAGUUGGCCGCGAGAGCUGUGCUGGCAGUAUCCUGGCGGGAUCUCAGCCAUCCGACGAUCUGGUAAGCGCCGGCUUGGACUCCUGGCAGGUCGUGGACACGGAGGGCUUGGUUGUGGCAGAGGACGAUGUGGUCGACGCAUUGCAGACGGGGAGGGGUUCCGUGGAGGCCAAAAUGGAGCGGAUGCUCACGUGGAUGUUGGCUCCGGCAGUCCAUGGUAUACCCAAGCUGGGUGUACUUCCUGCUGAAGAGAGAGCCGCCGAAUUGCUCUGCCAGCAUGACCGCGAGGUGGAGGCCGCGGUGCGCGAGGUUGUCGCAGGCUCAGAGAGGUCCGUCUCCACGGUUGUGCUGAACUUCUGCCUUGAGAGGAUUCCAGUGCUGGGCUGCAACCUUCGCAGCAUUCUCAUCGUGGCUGCAAUGUAUGGACAUGACCUUGAAUCAGCUCGUGUCCAACACGAGGCCUUGCUCUGCUUGGUCCCUCCAG